AUGACGCUGCUCAAGUGGCUCUGGGCAGAGACCGGCAGCGACAUUCCCAACCCGCCGCCGCAGCUGGUAUACCAUGUCCUGCGCCUGACCAUGUUCCUGCUCAGUCUCAUCCUCGAGGACUGGGCCAUCCAUGAACUGGUGCCGAAUCCGCGGCGCAGGAGGCAGGCCGUCGUGCUCGUGGCCAGCUGCUAUGUUACCUGGACAUAUCAGACACAUACCUUUUCAAACUCGCUGGAGACGCUGCUGGUGCUCUGGAGCUUGGUCUUGAUACAGCGUAUUGUCGAGAACAAGGUGGGUUCAAACUAUGCAAUGGUCUAUAUAAAUAUAUAUAUAUAUAUUGGUGCUGACAUGACAUCUAGCAUCGGUCGUCGACCCCUCUCAUUAAUUUCCCUCGCAUUCUUCGGCCUGUUAUUCUCCUUCUUCGCCAUCGCCAUCGACACAGCCUUUUACACCCUCCCGGACUCCCUCUCAGCCUUCAUCCGAAACCCAACUAUAACACCACUAAACAACCUCCUCUACAACUCCGAUAGCUCAAACCUGGCCUCUCACGGGCUGCAUCCACGCUACAACCACCUCCUCGUCAACCUCCCCUUACUCCUGGGUCCCGCAUACCUCGUUUCAAUCUGGUCCCUAUUCACCCGGGGCAUGGUAUCACCUACUUUCCACACCCGCAACACACGCGCAUACUCCGCCCUCUUCGGCGCUCUAAUCAUAUCCCUCUUCCCCCACCAGGAGGCGCGCUUCUUGCUCCCUUGCGUUCCACUACUGCUUACAUGCUUCAAGCCGCCCAGGUCACGCACUUUCCUGGCUGGCUGGAUAGUAUUCAAUUGCACUCUGGGUGCGCUGAUGGGCAUAUAUCAUCAGGGCGGAGUCGUUCCGGCACAAAUCCAUAUACCCACGCUCCUCUCUGAUUCCUUACAACCAUCCCAGCAACCACCUGUCAAUGUCUCUGUGUUGUGGUGGAAAACAUACUCCCCCCCUUACUGGCUGGUGGGAGACGGUAGUAGCAUGGGCGCAUUCAGCAUCACGACGCAUGAUCUAAAGGGCAUGGCGAGCGGGGAAUUUAUUAACAGGACGGUCUCCAGCAUACCGCGGUGCACGCGCGAUUCUAACCCGUUCGAGUUCCACCAGGGUCUGCCCAAGGUGAAGGUGGAAGGCGGUGACAUGACGCUUCUUGUGGCGCCGCGAUCAGCUAGUUUUCUAGAUCGCUUUGUUGUCCCUGAUGGCGGCGAGGAUGAGAGCACGGAUGUGCCGUCCCGAGAGAUACGGCUGCAUAAGCUAUGGCAGUAUGAUAGACAUGUUAACAUGGAUGACUUUGAUCCGGGCGAUGAUGGGUUAUGGGGGGCUGUGGAGCGGGUUUUCGGCAGGCAUGGGUUG